AUGUUUGAACUAGAGAAUUACUCUAAAAGCUCCGAUGAAGGAUUUUAUUCAAAUGUCUCUAAACUUUGUUAUACUUUACCUUCUAAUAAGUAUCUAAUUCCUAAUAACUAUUCUAUGAAAACUAGCUGGGGACGUGAUAAAAAUCAGAAAACAGUUUAG